AUGAUUAAGGUAGUGAUCAGAAACUCUCUUUCCACAGAGAAAAGAAACAAAGAGGACAGAGAUCAUUGCUGGGGACCACCUCAGAAGAUAGUGUCACCUAAACAAGAACAUGAAGAUAGGAAACAUGACAAAGUCACAGAUAAAGGGAGUGAAAGCGGGACUUCCUGUAAUGAGCUCUCCACUUCCAGCUGUGACAGCCACUCAGAGGCGAGCACUCCCCAGGACAACCCACCCAGUGCCCAGCAGGCGACAGCUCACCAACCCAACACCUUAACAUUGGAUCGCCCUUCCAAAAAAGCACCCGUGCAAUGGAUGCCCCCGCCCGACAAACGCAGAAACAGUGAACUCUUUCAGACACUCAUCAGCAAGUCCCGGGAGACAAACCUAUCCAAAAAGAAAGUCUGUGAGAAGCUAAGUGUGGAAGAAGAAAUGAAAAAGUGUAUUCAGGAUUUUAAAAAAAUCCACAUUCCAGAUUAUUUUCCAGAGCGCAAACGCCAGUGGCAAUCUGAACUCUUGCAGAAGUACGGGUUAUAGUAAUCAUCACAUUCCUGCAGUAUUUCAAUGGCAUUCGAUGUUUACUACGGUGUCACCAUCUGACUAUAUCCUAACAAUGGUCAGUGUUAUUCUUGCUGCUCUUCCUUUUUGUGAACAGUGGAUGUGGGACAGUAUUUUCUUUCAUUCUUUUUU